AUGUUCCUUUCAUCCGUUCGCGCAUCUUCAUCCAGGAUACCUUCAUUGGUAAAUGGAAGUAGGAUGUUUUCUUCCACUUGUAGAAGGAUGGAUAAAGCACCUCUCAGAGCAUCGGCGGAAACUCCUACACCUCAAGAUCUGUUAUCUAAAAUAGGUAGAAACGCAGAUACGAAAUUGGAAGGCUUCAACGAAUCAUGGGAUAAAUUGAAUGAAUUGUGGAUGAGAAGUGUUAAACUGUACAGCUUAGGUCUGUCAGUAAAAGAACGAAGAUACCUCCUCUGGGCGUUUUCAAGAUACUCUCAAGGAUCAACACCUUCAUCAUUCAUCAAACCACCUAAACCACCAAAGAAGUUCAGAGGUUGGGGUCCAAAGAUACAAAAUGGUGUUAGAGUCAGAGAGUAG